GGGGCUCUGGCGGCCUGAGAGGGUCUCGUCUCGAAUUAAUAUUAUAUUUUGCGUCCUAUUUUUUUUCGUUUCUAUAAUUUCCCCCGUAGUAUUAUACAAGGAAACUACCACUACUAGUCGUAGUAGUACGAUUUCACUUUCACCGUCCGUCCUCCCUCUCCUCCUGCCCAUCUCUGCUCUCCUGGCGACGAGCGAGCGCAGAGAAACCAAAAAAAAAAAAAAGACAAGAGAAUUAAAAGGAAAUAUUAAAAAAAAAGGACAACGUGAAAUACCCUAGGCAGCGAUCUGAGGCGGCGCGGCGCGUCGGCGAUCGGCGGGGGUUGGCCCCGCCCGCCGCCGCCGACGUCAUGCAGGGGCGGCGCGGGGAGAUGGGGUACGAGGAGGGCGAGCUCGAGCUGGAGGAGGGCGAGGCGGCCUCCGGCGGCCGCGAGCUGGUUGUACCCGACGCGCUCACCUACAUCGAUGAAAGAAUUCAAAAUGUGUUGGGUCAUUUACGCAAGAAAUUUGAGGGUGAAAUAACUCAUAUGAAUUUGGGUUCGAUGUAUGGAUGCCAUGGUUCAUUCUUGCCAACAUACCCACGUUCCCCUUUGGGUUUUCCUCAAUAUAGGAACACUGCAGAUCCAAAAAACCAUGGCAGUGGCUCUAGAUCACCGUACGUGCCAACAGAGAAUGCGCAAAAGAACCAUUUUGUUAAGACCGAAUUAGACAGCAGCACGAAAAAUGAUUACUGUCGAAUAUCCCACGAGAGUGAUGUCAAUCCUUCUCAACAGAUGUUAAACAGAGCAGUCAAUGGUUCUGAGCAGAAAGCACCGAAAAUACGUAUCAAGGUGAAUAGCAAUAAAAGUUUGCCAAAAAAUACUGCUGCCAUAUAUAGUGGCUUGGGCCUAGACAUUUCCCCUUCAUCAUCUGCAGAAGACAACCUAGAUGAGACUGCUGGGGCUCUGGUCCCUGAAGUUUUGUCUGAUGAAUCUCCGCGUACCAUAUUUGAGAUAAUGACCUGCCAUUUUAUUCCUGGAGGACGCUUGCUCUCACCCCUCACUGGAAAUGUUCUAGAAUUGAGACAAAAACCUAAAGUGAUGGUAAAAGAAGAAGCACCUGAAUUUCAAGUCAAAGCAGAAUUGCAUGGAAACUUGGGCCAUACAACCUCUGCUACUCUGGAUAACAAAGAUAAGUGUACCGAGGAAAUCAAGUCUGAUGAAAACAAAGACAGGACUCCCAAUUUCAAGAGUUCAAAAUCCAGAGGUAACAAACCAUCUGCUGUGAAUAAGGGAACUAAGCCUUUACAGGCUGUUUUAGAUGAUACCGGUUCAAACUUCUUACCUACAAUUGUAAAGAUACAACAUUCAGUCGAGGACUCAGCAAAAUUUAUAGGUGGGAUUUCAGAUAAAAUGAAGGGAUCAAAAAAUAGUCCAUCAAAAGGACGUGAAAAGAACAAAAACAGUAAGGAAGAGCCUUCGCUUGAUCAUGGAUUUUCUUGUAAUAACAGAUGUGGUUCUGAUGAGUACAAUGAUCAACCUUGUGCCAUUUCAAGUCAGAUGCAAAACAUUCCCAACAAAACUUCAUCACUGGAGAGGGACAACGGAAAAGUAUUGCAUAUGGAAGAUGAACCAUCUCAGUACAAAAGCAAGGAAAACGGAGUCCUGUUUAGUGCAGAUUCCAUAGCUGUCAUGGUAGGAAAUGUUGAUAGAAAUUCAUUAGGGGUGAUGAAUGGGAAGAAGAAGAAAGUUUCCUCUCCACAAUCUGCGAAGAAGCUCAAGUUCAAGACAAAGAAACAAUUGAAUGACAACAUCAACAGAAAAUCUUAUGGUGAAGAUGAGGAUUGUGCUUUAGACCAUAGAAUUGAUUUGGCUAAUUCAUAUCCGACAGAUAAGAGUGUGAGGCUUGAGAAAAAGACCAUCUCAUCUGGGGAGAUUGGUAACAAGUCAGAUGCUGGAAAUGACGGUGGCCCCAAUAUCUCUGCCAUGUUAGAUGAGAAAUCAGAUCCUUUGACAUUAGUAUAUAGGAAUGGGACUACAGAGUCAUCUGCAACCCUGCCUGCUCCAGAACCCAUUUUAAUAAAUGAACAAUGGGUGUGCUGCGACAAGUGUGAGAAUUGGCGCCUUUUACCCUAUGGGAUGAAUCCAGAUAUACUUCCCAAAAAAUGGCGGUGUAGCAUGCAGAGUUGGCUGCCUGGAAUGAAUAGCUGCAAAAUAACUGAAGAUGAGACCACAAGAGCCCUUCGGGCACUUUAUAUGGUUCCUGCACCUGAAAAUAGCAUUAAGGAUGGUGGUCAUGAUAAUGCUAUGUCAGGCAUAGGCGCACCUAUUGCUCCAACUUUUCAGGGAAAUAAACAGUCCAUCAGUUCACUGGGGAAGCUGAAAGGUUCCCUUGAUGGAGCCAAUGUGGCAAAUACUUUGGACUCAGCUGGUAUGUCAAAGCCCUCAAAGAAGCUGCAUGCUCCUUCAAGUAGAAACUUCCCUAAACUGAAGGAAAAAAGGAAGCUAGUGGAAUCAUCAGAUAAAGGAGAAAUUAUUGGAAAAGAUCAGUCACAUCGAAUGAGAAGCAGUGUCGGGGUUGAUCAUGAUAACAUGAGGGCAUCAAAGAAAAUAAAGAAAGAAUCCAAUGGCCCUGUGAUGAAGCAUCAGCCCUCUGAGUUUGAAAUAAGCAAAUGUAGUCCUGCCAGUGAGAUUCUGAAAAACAUUGAGAAGCGCAGUGGUAUUUCUCCUGGCAUGGGAAAGUAUGGUUUAUCUUCAUCAGGUAAACAUUCUCAUGGUGAAGAUAAAGGUUUCUCAGAUGUGGUCAUUAAAACAUCAGAUACAGAGAACUCUGGCCCUCGAGACUCAUCCAUUAAGAAGAGAAAAUUGAAACAAAGGCAAUCAAACCAGCAUAAUAUGGACCCACACUGUAGCAAUACUGACACAAAUGGUAUUACAAAACAGAAUAUUAGUGAAACUAAUGCUGUGAAGAAAAAAACCAGGUCAGAACUGAAGUUGUCAAAGACAGAUAGGACAGCUACCGAUUCUAGAGUUGCUGGAGUUGAUGAUAGUAUAUCUACUGACAAAGAGUGUUUAAGUGAGCAACUUCAGGAAAAUACCCAUUUCCAGCAUCCAUCACUCUCAGAAGGCACCACAAAGAGGAAAAUUGGUCAUGCACAAACAUCUACAGCUGCGACUUCAAGUACAUCCAAGAUGUCUAACUCCCACAAGUAUAAAGCUGGUUUCCAGGAAAUGAGGGCCUCGCCUGUAGAGUCAGUUUCUUCCUCACCCUUGAGAUCUUCUGAUAAGAAUCCUUUAGGUCGACAUAGAAGCUCUUCAUGGACAGUUACAGAAAAUGUGCAGUCUCAGGAGUCAGUGAAGAAAGGUUCUUCAUGCUCCAACAGAAACUAUGAUCUUGGGUCUGAUUGUGAUAAAGCUAAGGCUCGUAUUUCUGGUUGCUUUAACGGAGACGUGGGUCAUCAUGUUCAGAAGGAUAGGGACUUGCUGAAAGAUAAACAAGACGUGAUUAAUGCAUGCCUUAUAAACAAAGGUUCUGGACUCGGUAUUAGAAAUGUCCAGUUGAAUCCUGAACAUAAAGUCAAUCCAGAUGUCCUUUCAUCACAUGACAACCAUGGUCACAAGCAACCAACAGGUCGUCAGAUUGGGAAAACACCGCCCCAUUUCGGUUCAAACAAAGGUGACCAUGCAAACUUGACUUAUGGGAAUGUUAAGCCUGAUAAUGGGAAUAUACCACAUAAGGACCAGAAAACAAAUCCAUCUGCAGUCAAAGGAAGCAAGCAGCAGCCAUCCUUAAACAAUGCAUCAAAUGGUGAUGCCUCUUACAAGGCAAAGCAAAUAGAAAAGGCUGUUAUCGAAAAUUUGGAAACUAGGAAGCAAGUAACUCUUAAUGGUGAUGCUUCAAAUCUAACGAGCGCAUCUGUUCUACUGAAGGAAGCUCGAGAUUUGAAGCACUUGUCUAAACGCCUUAAGGAAAAAGGGGAUGACUUUGAGAGUACAAGCAUGUGCUUUGAGGCGGGUCUGAAAUUUCUCCAUGUUGCUUCGCUGUGUGAGGCUCCAAACGUUGAUAGCUCCAAACAAGGGGAUUCUGUACAAGCUAUGAAACUAUAUUCUGAAACAGGAAACCUUUGUGGAUUCUGCGCUCAUGAAUUUGAGCGACUCAAGAAAAUGGCGAAUGCUGCUUUGGCAUAUAAAUGUGUGGAAGUGGCAUAUAUGAAGGCUGCUUUCUUUAAAAGUCCUGGUGUAAUUAAAGAUAGGCAUGCGUUGCAGGCAGCGUCCUUGAUGGUUGCUCCAGCGGAGUCUCCAUCAUCUUCUGCUUCAGACAUCGAUAAUUUGAAUAACCAGAGCACAGUUACUAAGGCUGUUUCUGCAAGGGGUGUAUACUCUCCUCAGAUUGCUAGCAACCCCAUAUCUCGGAACAAUCAUCAUUUGAUGGGAUUGCUUUCUUAUACAGAGGAUAUAAAUAAUGCAUUCGAGGGUACCAGAAAAUCGCAAAGUUCAUUUUCAGCUUAUCUUUCUGGUAUUGGAAAGACUCAGGUGGAUGGAGUUGUUCUUGUAAGGGAAGUACUUGAUUUCAGUUUUCAUAAUGUCAAGGGAUUGCUGCAACUGAUUCGUCAUUCGUUGGAGUCUAUCAACCAUGAAAGUGGUAAAUAAUCUAACAGGUAUAGGUCUCUCUGAAUAGAGGUUUAUGAUGGCGAGGUUGCUUUGGCAUUUGUGCAACAUUGGUACCUCCUCCAAUCUCGACGUAGAAGUAAACAAGUUUAGAGAGUAAUCGGUUGUGAGCGGAAAUGAUUCACAUCGCCUUCUCUUGGUUGCAUGGAAGUAUUAUCUUGUGGGUGAUCAAUUUUGACCAGCGCCGAACUGCCAAAAUGGGUUUCUUUACCAAGUCAUAUUGCUACUUUUGUUGCCCGGAAAUAUUUCUUGUAGAUGAUGGUUUUGACUACUGUCAAACUGGCAAAGGGGAUUGUUACAAAGAAUUAGCCUGCAAAUGUUAAUUGCUAAAUCCAACAUUCUCGGUUUCAGUGUCUUGUGAGUGAUCAAAUCCAAAGGCCUCAGCGUUCGAGGGCAGUCUCAGUUUUCUUUCCAGGGGGCCAGUGUAAGCUUAGGUCAGCACUCUUGUCCUAAAGUCUCCACACCUUCUAUUGGGCUUGCGGAGAAGGUUCUCACAGGAGGUGCUUCAGGACUCAGCAGUGUCUAAUACCUUACAAAUUUGCGGAGGUUCAAUGAGGAUUGUCUGACUCCAAUGUAGGUGUAUAUAUAGGCCAACAUUUUAGUUAUUUCCUGCCUUUUUUCUCGAUAACUGUGUGUAUAUUAUACGAGAAAAGGAAGAAAACAGUUUUGUCAUAAUUUUAGCUAAUGGUUGUAAUUACUGCUCAAAUGUUGCAAAAUCCAUUCUUUGGUGGCCUGGGAAAAACUAGUCUAGCCCUUGUUUAGGCGCAUUGUAACUAUAAAUGUUUUUAGCGUUUGAUACAUUUUUUCUUGUGGGGCUGACCUAACAACAGAUGACGAUGAUGGCACUAGCUGCUGCCUAUCUGAGUGUUGUUUGGGUUCCUGCUUGAGCAUUGCCAUUGUAACGAGGAAGUGAUGUAAAAGUUCAUGCUGCUGUGCUAAUGAAGAGGUUGUCCGAUUGCUUUGCUUACAUGUUUUCGUCUCCA